AUGCCGCUCCAGCUUUAUAUACCUCCGUGUGUUCACACACCUACAGGUCCAUACCAUUUCCCACCGCCAGAAAAGCCACUCAGAAUCCAGAUCGAAGGCCCACUGGUUGCAAUUCAGCGUCUCUUCCCAGACGCGCCCUGGCAUAUAGACGUUGCAAACCAAAUAUUUCCACAGCCAGCUGGCAUAGAGCUGGCAAAGUUAACAUAUCAAAAGAUAUACGGGAAAGAUAUCAGUCCAGAAAUCCCCGGUGAUAUGGUGUUGCGGGAUCAGUACUUAGGCUGGGUGCCACCACCUUCUUGCAAUGAAAUUGACUAUUACGGUGUGACUUUUGAUCAUCUUGUCCCAGCAGACGAUACGGACCCCGAGGUGCUACAGAUUAACAUCAUCGAGAUUGAAAAUGAUAACGGGGCUUAUGCAAACCAAUGGUUGUCAUUUAGAGUAGAUCCAGUCGAGUUUACUGGGAAGAAAGUACUGGCUGUACCAAGGUGCUGUACAAAGAGGAAAGGGACAACAGAUCGGAUACGGGUUAACGAAUGUGUCCGCUGGAGAGAUGAAGAAACGAGCAAGAAAGGAUAG